GUCAAAGCGGGCUUUUGGUCCAACAAGUUCUCUCAGCACAGAGGAAAGUUCCUCAAGCAAUACGCGACUAUUAUUGUCAUUCUCUGGAUGUUUAUUCUGAGCGUGUUUUCUAUCUAUUGGGGUGCUAUGUACCAACGUGGCAGCCGUUUGAUCAAUCUGAAAAUCCUCCUGAUUGUUGAGGAAGGCGCAAGCAUUGACAACAGCGACUACCCGGUGUCGCAAGCGUUGCUCCAGGUGGCCGAGUCGCCGGCGGUGAAGCCGCUGCUGGGCUGGACUCGUCAUGCUUACGCAGACGAGGACUGGGUCAUCAACGAAGUCUGGAAACAGAAAUAUUGGGGCGCGCUCUACGUCACCAGCAACAACGUUUCGCAGCAGCUGGUGCAGGCUCUCCAAAACGGACAGGAUCUGAACACUUCCAUGCUCGUCAAGGGCUACUACGAGACCGGCAGAGACCCUAAUGGGGUGGACUCUUUCGUUGAGCCGGGAAUGCUCAAAUUUGGAGCCGCCUUUACCGACAUAAUGCAGCAGGAGGUGUAUCCACGGCUCCUGUCCCAACUGUCGUCAGAGCAGUUUACCAGCCUGCAAAACAUCACCACGUUAUCCCACGUGCCAGACAUCACCAUGAUAGAUGGCAUUCCGGUGUCCGAUUACACGGUUAUGGCACCACUCCAGGUUGGCCUUAUUUAUAUUAUUAUUGUCACGUUUUUCCAGGUCAUGUGGUUCCAGAAGAUCAAUCAGCAGGCCGCCGAAACGCUCAAGCCAGGAAGCUAUAUAAUUUAUCGGAUGGUGAGUGCGCAGGUAAACUUCCUGCUGAGCUCUCUCGGAUACAGCUGUGUGAACGCCGCGUUCCAGAUCAAGCUCAACAACGCUUGGAAGGGCGGCUUUGGCGUCCACUGGAUGAUCUCGUACCUGACUAUGUCGGCUGUGGGAGGUGCCAACGAGAACAUUGCGCUGCUGUGUUUUGCUGUGCUGCCGCCGCUUAUGGGAUUCUGGCUAGUGUUUUUUGUUGUGUGCAACAUCUCGGCCACUUUUUCGCCUAUUGAGGUGUGUCCGGAGUUCUACCGGUUCACGUACGCCAUGCCGAUCAAAAACUCGUACGAGCUCAUGAAGGUGCUUCUUUUCGAUACCUACCGUGGAAAUUUGGGGCGCAACUUUGGCAUUUUAGUGGCGUGGAUCGCUCUCAACAAUAUCCUGCUUCCCUUCUGUCUGUUCUUCUUCAGUUGGUACAUGAAGCGCAAGCUGACUCAGACCGCCCAA